AUGAGCGGUGGCGCACUGAAAGAAGUGCUUGGUGUUCAGAACGGACUCCUUUUCUGUGAGGAAGCACUCAGUCCAGUAUUCUGUAAGCCAAAAUUAAUCCCACUGAAGUCAGUGACUCUCGAAAAACUCGAGAAAAUGCAAAAGGAAUCUGUGGAGGCUAUGAUGAAACAGAUGCAAGAGAAAAAUCACGCAAGGCCGGAUGUGGUAAACUUUUUCAAUGAUUUGAGAAAAGUGUUGUCGGAGCUCUACGUUUUGGGUUGA